UUUGUUUUUGUCACCAUUUGCAUGAUAAUAAAACCAUGGUUUGUCAGCAUAAUUUAUCAUCUUUUAAUUGAAUGGCCAUUAGAUGAAUGUCAUGUAGCACAUUUACUGUUUGCCUUAGGGAAAGAAAUUUUUAUGCAAAACAAAACUUAAUUUUGUAAUUCACACUUUAUUUGUUAAAUAAGCAACUUAAUUUUGUGUUUUUUGUAUGUUUUUCAAGAAAAGUAAUAACAAGAAUUUUUUUUUAACAGCGUGAAUUAUAUACAGUUGAUUCUUGAUAACUGGGUUACUCGAAAAGUCAAACAUCUUGGUCAGUUAAACUUUUAUUUGUUCCUCAAACCACAAACCCCUUUUAGGCUCAAAAGUCUCUAUAACUCAAGCCAUAGAGAUAUAAAUAAAAGAGAAAGAGACACAAUAGCUAUUCAGGCUAUUGUACUGAGGCACGUCCCUGGAACAGGGUGCAUUCAUUUAAAUCUAAAGUUCUAGAAGCUGGAUUGCUUACUCUGAUCCAAUCAUGCCAAAGAAAAGGUUUUGAUUGUUAUUUUGUCCAAUAAUAUUUUGUAAUAAUUAACUGUACGUGUUAGGAUAAUUUUUCUAGUUGUUCGUCAAAUUACACCAAAAAAAUCUUUGAGAAACAAAAAUAAAAGAAAAAUAUAAACAAUGUCUACGUAGAAAAGUUAAAGGAUUUUACCAUUACAAUGUAAAUUUAUUAGCUGUACUGAAUAAGCUCAAAAAUGCUAACAAAUAUAUCACCAAGCUCUCUCUUACAGUACAGUCUGAAUGUAAUCUACUGCAGACGCGGAACUCGCAUUAAUAGGUACAUAGAACAAUAACGUUGCAAUAGCUUUUGUUUUUUAAGGAAAUAAUUGCCUCGCUGAUAAACAAUGACCCCAUGCGAUCGAUUGUUUAAUCACAAUGGGUUGCAAGAUCAAUUUAGCAAUCUAUAUUGCACGAACUCUUUUGAAAAUUUUAAUUGCAGUAAUUAAAUAUAAAAGUUUAGAUUGCAUUUUAAAAGUUUAAAAACGAAGAAGGGCCAUAGAAAUGUUUUUUUAAAACGCAUUUUAAAAGUUUAAAAACGAAAAGCAGCGAUAGAAAUGUUUUUUUAAUCGCAUUUUAAAAGUUUAAAAAAGAAGAACAGCGAUAGAAAGGAUUUUUUAGAUCGCGUUUUAAAAGUUUAAAAAAGAAGAACGGUGAUAGAAAUGUUUUUUGUAGCUUGCAUUUUAAAAGUUUAAAAAUGAAAAGCAGCGAUAGAAAUGUUUUUAUUUGUUUCAAUAAAAAAGUAUGCGGAAGGAUUAUUUUACGUUGUUUGUUAAGAAGGAAAUGUUUUCAUCAAGAAAUGUAUAUAUUGUAUUUAUUUUAGAAUAUACACCAUUUGUUUUACAAAAAUAAACCGUAGUUGUAUUCUUUUAAUAAAAAAACGCGCGAGUCAUUUAGUAGUUGUGAACAAUGCUUCGAACAAUGUUUUUUAAAUUAAACGCGCUGGAAUCCUUUUAAUUAAUUAAAUCAACAAUACAUUCUCACGCAAUGUAUUAUAAAACUUUGUGAAAGAUUUUUAUUAUUUACUUACUUCAUGCUAGUACUUAAGGGAAUAGCUUAUCAAUACAUUUACACAAUGCAUCUCGCUAUUACAAGAAAUAUAAUUGCUCUGAUAUUUCUUCAAGAGCGCAUUGUUUUUUAACACGCAAAUAUAAACUCGCAAAGCCCUUAAGGGAUUCAAUUAUAACAAAAGACAAACGACUGCUGUCCUCCACGCAAAGGUGUGACAUUAGCGUGUACGCGGUAGAUUACAUUCAGACUGUACUGUAGCUAAGCAGAGCUAGAUAGCCCUUAAUUGAGCUGUUGUUGUGGAACAACAAAUCUUACUUAGCUAUAAUAAAAAAACAUCACAGAGUAACUAACAAUGUGAGAAUAAACAAAAACCAUGGGUUGGACAGGGUAUAUUAAUGAUCCUCUUCCAAUCUGACCUAGACUGUGUUAGAUCUAAACUCAACUUCCUCUGUAUCAAGUCUGUCCUUAUAACCUCCUACCAAGUCUUUCCCGGUCUGCCUCUGCGCUUUUCCUCAGGAACUAUCAAGUCUCUACACUUUCUUACCCAAUUAUCCUCCUCCAUUCUUUCCAAGUGCCCCAGCCAUUUCAAUAUUCUUAUCUGGAUAACAUCUUUAAUUCUAUGGAUACUUAGCCUGCUUCUUAGCUCAUCUGAACUCUUUCUGUCUCUCAGACUGGCGUAACACAUCCACCUAACCAUUCUCAUAUCAUUCCUUUCUAAACUGUCAAGAUCUUCCUGCUUCACUGCCCAUGUCUCAUUACCGUAUAACAUAAAACUUCUUAUACAGGGCUCAUACAACCUACCUUUUAUUUCAAUUGACAAGCCUCUGCUAGUCAACAAAGGAAGUAACUCUCUGAACGUUUUCCAAGCAGAACCUAUCCUGCAAGUAACACUUCUUCCAACACCCCUUCACUGCCCAACAUAUUACCUAAGUAACAGAAGUUCUCAACUAUCUCUAACGAGCCACUGUUGUACAUCAUUAAAGCUGAAAAAAUACUUCAUUCUCUAUAAUCUCACCUUUGCAACGCUUGCAUACAAAGUGAAUGUCAGCUCUUAACCUUCCACCAAUAUAUACUACUGCAAUUCUUAUGUACCCAUGCUUGCUAGUCUGACAAAAAAUUGAGUUACUUCUAACCCAUUUCCUGCAAACUCCACAAGGCCACUUUCCAACUACAACACCACACUGGGCUGCAAUGCUGCAUGACAGGUGCAGCUAGUUCGUUUGAGAUGUCUUUAAUUAUCCUACCAGGGAUAGUGUCAAUACCAGCAGCUUUAGCUGUUUUAACCGAUUUUAGUACUCUCUUCACCUGAUUAAUUGUCACUGGUUGAAAUUUAAAUAAUACAUUCCUUUUAUUAAUCGUGCACAUAUAAUUAUGUAUGUUGAACAGUUUCCAAGUAAAGUUGGUUAUUAAUGAUUUCAUGAGACUUGAACCAACUUUGGUGAAAAAAGAGCAAAAAUUGUUCACAAUUGAUCGAAUAUUGAAUGUUACUGUUCCAUUGAUUACGAAUGUUUUGCUCGGACUUGACAAAUUUUUAGUAGGGUAGCACGACUUAAUUUGUUUCCAAAAAUCUCUUGGAUUUGCUGAAGAUUCUUUCAGAACAGCACGAACGCGGUGUGCCUUUACAACACUAAUGUGAUUGGUUACAGAGUUUUGGUAAGAUUUAUAACUUUCCCAAUCUCCAGUAGAAUUUGAUCGUUUAAAACUGCGAUGAUGAUAAUCACGCGUAUUCAUUAAGUUUUUGGUUUCUCUGGUUAUCCAGGGGUUGGAUUUUCCAUGUACAGUUUUUUCUUUAAGUGGCGCAUGUUUAUUGAUUGCGGUUGAUAAGUAGUAUUUGAAUAAGUUCCAUGCUUGGUUUAAGUUAGUGACAGUUAAAAAUCCUCCCAUGGUACGUUGCGAAUUUCAUUCUGUAGAUCUUCUUUGUUGUAUUUUGAAUAAUCCUGUGCUUUGAUGUUCUUUUGAGGAUAGCGUUUACAGUUUGCUUUUUGGCAGAUCCGAUUAGGCAGUGAUCGCUGAGAGAGUUAGUGUACACCAAAGAGUGGUUUAUUUUUAAUUUAUUGGUUGUAAAAAUUAAAUCAAUUAGUGUUCUACUUUCUUUUGAAAUGCGUGUAGGCGAUUUAAUGACCUGACUGUAGUUAUACAGUUUAACCAGAUCUUUUAUGUUAGAGUGUACUCUUGGGAGAUCAUAAUCACAAUUGAAAUCACCACAUAUAAUUGUUUCUUUAUUUUUGACUGAUAUUGUAUCCAACAUAUUAUCAAACUUUGAGAUGAAGUUUUUAUCAAGAAACUUUGAGGAAUCCGGGGGUCGAUAAGCUGAGCAGAGUAACAAAGAUUUUGAUUUCAGAAUAAAUAAUUCUAUCCACAAAAACUCUAUUCCAUCGAUCUCUAAAUCACAACUUUUGCGAUAUUGUAAAUCUUCCUGAAUAUAAAAAGAAACACCUCCAUCAUGACCAUUUUCGCGAUCCUUUCUCUCAAGUACAUACCCUGGGACAAAUAGCUCCGAAUUCAAUACAUUGUUGUUUGUGUGUGUCUCAGAGAAACUAACAAUAUGAAAACAGUUUUUCACGUCGGAUAAGAAAGAUUUUAUAAUAUCCAACUUCCGCAGAUCCCAUUUAUGUUUUGAUGUAGAAAUUUCAUGCCUCUCUUUGCAAUGGAGUCUGACAUAACAGGAUCAAAGGUAUACAGAAUUUUCGGUUCAUCUGGUAGGAUACAUUUGCUGCAGUAAAAUUUCUCUAUGUUUUCAUCUAUUCUGUCUGUAAGGCAUUUAAGAUGAAAAAUAUUUCCACAGGAACAGCAUUUUUCAGAGUUGACCUCUGAGCUUCUUCUCCAACUGAUUUUCUUGGGUGGGCGAGGGUAAGCCCCUUAGAGCUUUUUAGCCAAUAAACAGAAUUGGCAGAAUUCAGUGGAAAACAUGAUAAAUUUUUUAAUCUUUUACAAAUAAAAUUGUCCAACUUUUAUAGAAAAAGAAUCAGUUAAGUAGUUGUUUUGCAAGAAAUGUGCAAAAAAACCUGAAACCCAGUGGUGUGACUGCCCGUGUUACUUAUUUGAACAAUAGGGUUUAUAAAAUUAUUGCUUUGUCUUUCUUUUAUUUAUAAUGCUUAUACACUCAAAAACUCAAAAAUCUGGCUUAGUUGAAAAUAUUUUUUGGUCCCUUGGAUGAAUUUCUCUCAAAAGCUCUAACUUUUCCUUCCCUCUUCAACUUUAGUCAAUAAAAUUCGAACUUUUCGACUAAAUAGUUCGAUUUUUGAAGACAAAAACAAAGAAUCAAAACCUCAACAAAGAAUCAAAACCUCAACAAAACAAACAGCCUUGUGUGAGAGAAAGUUGGCAAAAAGGCUGAACAAAGUCUAUCGAUACCUUUCCAUGUUUAGUCAUGGACAAAUUUUCAUCCUUGUACUGAAAAUGGAAAGUGUUAUAGACUGUGAAAAGAAUUGAUAAUUUAAAAAAAAAAAAGCUAUUUAACUUAAUUUUACUUUUUGAAUAAUGAAGAAAAAAUGAUUCCAAAUUAACCUACCGUAUUUUCCGGUAUAUAACCCGCGGGUUAUAAGUUCAUUUUUACGACUUCCACCGUUGGUGUGGGAAUAAUGUGGUGCGGGUUAUGUGAAAAGUUUUAUUAUAUUUUGUCAUUUAUUGUGAAAUUUAAAGUUUAUACAUUCAAUGAAGAAAAUGGUACCAACAGGAUAAAAUGCGUACAUUAAUAUAACUGCAUGCACGAUCCUAUAUCUACGUAAUCUUACCUCAACUACGUGAUUUAAUUUUUUUCACACAGUGAAAUUGCUUUAACUUUCUAUUGCUUGCCAGUGCUAAUAUUACUAGCUUUCUCUUAAACACAAUUCUGGAGAUCAUUUUUCUUUUGUGUUGAAUGUAAUUCUAAUCUAUUUAUAUCUUUGCAAUCACGCUGAGCACAUUGAAAUGAUUUGCUUCUGGUAAUAGAGCAAUGUGUGAAAAUCAGUGUUUUUCCCUCUCGCUUUCCCCAUCGUACAUUGAACGUAUGAAAAUCAGUGUGUUAUUCCCUCUCGCUUUCCCCAUCGUACAUUGAACGAUCAAAUUGGUUUAGUUUCAAUUUGUUCGAGCGAACAUGUUGUUGUAGUUUGCUCUGGUUAUCUACCAAUAUAUAAGUGUUGAUAUUGGCAAUUUGUGUUUCGUUCUUUUAGAAAACUAACUGAAUAAUGAGAUCAUCAGUUGAUUUCUAACCGUCAUUGGAGUUUUCGGCCCCGUCCUAGCACGGACUAAUCAAUAACUCCUCGUGAUAGUGGGCCAUACCUUUGUUUAGGUAUUCUCAUCAGUUAGUAAGAACAAUUUUCUUUUUUAACUUACCGUUCUUAUUGUCAUGCAACUGAAACAAAUUCAAAGAAUUGUUUUGAUUCAUUAUGCGUAUGUAUAUCUUGCGUAUGUAUCAGGCCCGGUCAGGAAAAUUUACUCCCGCGAGCGCUAAAUCGCUCACGUAAAUUAAUCUGCGUGAGCAAUCCAUGUGCGAUCACAAAAGCUCAUGCAAAUUAGUUUGCGUGAGUGGUCAGUAAAACAAAAAGUUACGACAUGCACAUGCUUGAUCUGUAAAAUAAAAAUUUCUUUCUGCAGAUGCAGGAAUGCCAGCCUUAAAACGAAACCCAAUAAAAAUGAAUUUUGUAAAACGUAUUAACCACAAGUGCAAAGUUGAAUGCGAUGAUUGGUGGCAGAUUUUUGGCUAUAUUUUUAAAACUUUAUUCAACAUGUUUUUGCUUUGGUAUACAUCACAAGAACAUUCGUCUGAAAGCUGUAUUAAGGUACAGCGCACCUAACCUCUCCCAUGUUCUGGUUAUAUUUAUCUUGCAUGAGCAGUAUUCUCUGUGACGAUUAAGGUCUGACUGACUUAUGGCAUGGUUCCAAAUGGUCUUCCGUUUUUCGUUCGAGUCUCAGUGUAAUGCACCAGCCGAGCAUAAGAGUGUCAACAUGAAGGAAAGGAGCCGACCUUAAUGUUCUCUUUACCUCAUGUUCUUCAUAAUAACACAAUCGUUCUUCAUAAGCUUUGUGUUUUUGGUGGCGCUUAUUUAGUAGAUUCUCUUAAAAUGUGAAAAAAAUAUAUCGUAGGAUCUCUAAAAAUUCCCGAUAAAUAGUCUCUUACGUGAGCGAUAAAUUGCUCGCGUAAACUUUUUUGCACGUGUGUGGGCGUGUGCGUGUGCGAUCGCACGCGUUUCCUGACCAGGCCUGAUGUAUGUCUUGCUACAACAGCGAAUCGAGUGAAAAGAGGUCGAUUUUAAGACAUGUGCAGCCAUAUAUAGUUGAAGGGCCGUUUAAAGGGGCCAUUGUCAACUGUUGUUCGUGUUUUUCAAAAAAUCGCAAUGUGAGUAUUAGUUGUUGCCAUAGCGAUAUGGGUUAUGAUUAAUUUAAGAGGCCGGUUGCAACUUUGUACUCUGGGAAUAACACACUGAUUUUCACACACACACGACAUGUAUUUCACAACCUAGUGCCCAGGACUUAAUUAUUAAUUCCUGUUAAAAAUAUUGAAAAAUGUUAAAAUUAAAUUGCAGAUAAUAAUUUUCUUUUUUAUCUUCGCUACCUUUGAGCAACAGUUGGCCACUGAAAAUAUGAAAAAUAAAAGUACAAUUAAUAAAACACACACAACUAUCUCCUCCUCAUUGCCGCCAUUCAUUUUAUUAUGCACACUGUUGUGAUUGCUGAGAUAUAAAUAGAUAACAAUAUUCUAUUAGAAACUUUAGAAAAGAACGUUCCGUACAUUGCUGUUACAGACAAUCCGUGAUAAUUAUUAUGUUGUUUAUUUUUAUGCCAAAAAAAUAUACAUAAAAAACAGAUUUUACUUCAGGUUUAUAACCUGAUAGCAUGGGUUUUUUUUAUUUGUUUGUUGUUUAAUCGCAGGAAGCAAGAGUUAUUAUUGGCUGAAACUAAUGUCUACAAAUAAAAAGAAAACAGCCUUGUCUGAUUUAGUACUAUUGGUAUUAGCAGAAGAUCGACUUGUCAAAUUAAUUUUAAUUCAUUAUUAUUUCGGAAAUCGGAGACAAGAAGUUAAGACUGAGAGAGUCAUUACUUCAGACACUCGUUUUUCGUGUUUGGGGUUCACAAGUUUAAACGUCCCCCACUGGUCUCCAGCAUGUUUAUAAAAUUAUUUGGGUAAGUACAAAUACGCUGAUUUUUUUUCUUAACACGAUGCGGGUUAUGCAAAGGAGCGGGUAAGUAAUAAACAUUGAAAUUUUAUGCGGGUUAUACGAAGGUGCGGGCUAUCUGAUAGCAUCUAGUUUAUAACUCCCUAAAAAAGCUGAGCUGCGGGUUAUACGAUGUGCGGGUUAUAUAACGGAAAACAUGGUAUGUCAAUUUUUUUUGUCUUAUGAAAUUUUUCAAAAACUUAAACUCUUGAUUGGUUGUCGAACUUUUUUCAAGGUCCCUUAAAAGUUUAAGUUAUGGAGAGUCAACUGUUAUCAAAAUCAAACAUCAAGUGAAAUAUUCUUUAAACAUUAUCACUUUAAACUCAGUUCAACUGCAUUUCCUGCUUAAGCGAAAAUGACUAAGAGCAUUUUCGAUUGAAGUUUGAGAUUAAUGGAAAUAAUUGGUUAAUUAAUAAUUAUCAAUAAUAACUGUCACCUAAAUAUAAAAUGAACUAUGGAAUCGGUUGCAUGCUUUUUUAUCUUGUUCUUCAUGCAUCAAUUUUUUUUAGGAACUUUGGACUUGUAUGUUAAAUUUUUCAGAGAAGAAUGAUGUUAAAAGAUUAUUCACUUUAUUGGCCAUUGAAUUACCAACAAUUGCUUUUUGUGGCAUACUGAAUAAAUUUAUGUUUUGGCACAUGGUACAAGAAGGCUUGCUGAAUGCAGAUACUUUAACUCGUAAACGUGCUUUAUUUGUUUUGAAAUGGGCCAUUGAUUUUGUGAGCAACAAAGAAAUGUUUAAAACUGAAACCAAUAAAGAUAGUUUCCCAGUCAUGUUUUGGGAUAAAAAGCAACAUUUAGAAUUGUGGAAUGUUUGGAAAAAUGUAAUGUUGAUUCUUGAAUCUUUUGAAGAAACACAGCUGCAUGUGAUUCAGCCAGCUUUAUCAGUGUUUGAUGAUAUUUUUAAAGCAUCUUCAUUAACGGAAAAUUCAGAGCUUAGGUUGUUGCACUAUUCAUGGCUAUUGAUUUUAUUACGACGUGCGUUGCUUCAUGAAUCAAAACCAUUAAUAAAAUGGGCUAUGCAAUAUUCUCUUCAAAUGGAUCUGAAGAAGAUACCAUUGCUUCAAGAACCUGACUGGAAAUACAUUUUUGUUCAUUUGUUGCGAAAUUUACAGCCUGUAUUUAUCUAUGGUGGCGAAAACAACAGUCCUUUGGGAAGUCCCCCAGUUAUUCUUCAUUUACUCAGCAAAUUCUUUUCAUCCUGUCUAAAUGUACUCGAUCCCAUUCAACAAACAUGCUUCUGUAGUAAGUUACUUGACGUCAUCACAUCAACUUCAUUUAAUGACAUAUCGAUGGUUUAUAUCACUAAAGCUGUCAGUAUGCUAUCAAUGGACACAUUUCCUUGUAAAGCAGUUGAUGUGUUUCAGGAAUUUGUCUUUUCACAUAUAUCUACCUUUAAAUUAAAUUAUCAAAUUGUAAUCUUUCAAAACUUGUCUGUAUUUUUUACCAUCAAUUCUCCAUUCGAAGAGAAAAUAUUCCACAAAUUUCACAGUAUCCUUUCUUAUGCAUUAAAGAAUGGAAUUAUCAAAGUUGAUGAUAAGUGUUGGAACAUAUGGUUGCAGUGGUUUGGGAAAUUUAACAAAUCAACAAAUGACUUUUUUAUUGAAGAGGCUUUGAACAAAGCCCUUAACUCGUACUUAUGUACUGGACAGUGGGAAAGUACCAACAACGUUGGUGUGGUAACAUUACUGUUUGUGCAUGCUCAUACAUGCAGUUUAUCUAGUAAAUUAAUAGAGGGCUUGUUUUCAAAAGUUACAGAUGCUGUUUUGAAGUUAAACUCAAAUCCAUACUUAGACAUCAACAAGAUCCUGAAAGUGUUAAGUCUUGUUUGUGGAAUCUUAGAAAUUGUUGUAGAAUUAAAUUCUAAUACAAAUGUAAAGAUUGCGUCUAUUUUAAAUUUGCUUAUUACAUAUACUGCUGAAAUUUUUGCCUACUUCCUAAAUCUUUGUGCUGAUGUAGUAACAGAGCAUGGCUGUUACGAAGAUUUGAUACACAGAUCUGCAUAUUUUGUUGACCUCAACAUGAAGUUAAAUGUCUGCACUGACAAUUCGUUAAAGAGUAAUCUUGACCAGUUAUUUGAAAGUUUAAAGAAAAAUAUGAUAUCUCGGCUUGAAAAACUUUUUACAAAUCACAGUGUCAAUACAACAUCUUCUACAGAUGUGUUAUAUGACAUGGUUACUAUUAAAUGUGCUAUUUUGUUAGCUAGAUGGUAUGGUACUGAUUCCUGUGAAACCCCAAAAUAUUUGGAAUUGCUUGCUGGUUUUACAGUGCACUUUGAUCGACAAAUCGUAAACAAAAUUUGCAAGAAUAAUAAAUUAAAAUUAGUUACGUCUGAUUUUUUUAUCCAAAAUUGUUGGCUCUGUUUAGAUUUGUUGUUUAAACCUACUGUUUUAAAAGAUAUGAGGAUGGACAUCUUGGAGCGAUACUUCAAUGAUGUAAAUUUGGUUUCAUUUAAAAAGGUGGAAACCUUAGUUGUUUUUGCUAAACAUUUAGUAGUUUUAUUUGAAAACAUGGUGGUACAAUUGGAAAGCUUAGUCGAUUUUAUGUGGAGGAUAAUAAGAGAGCAAACACAGGCCGAUCAGUCUUUUUGGAACAUUUUUCAGGGCUGCAUUGAAGUAAUCUUUCAUCCAAAUCUGUUCCUGUGUGCUAAUGAAACCAUUCAGUGCAAGCUAAAAGAUAUUUGGAAUUGUGUACUAGAAAUUGGAAGUAGGAAAGCAGGCAUUGUCAAUCUGUUGAUUAAGCAAUGUGUGAGUGUAUGGGGUAGUUGUCCAAACAGCCAACAUUUUCUUGACAGUUUGUUACUGUAUCUUGAUUAUCUACUUCCUGUAUGCGUAUAUGGGCCUCUGCGCAGAAAGAAUGAAAGGCCUUUUAAUGACCUUAUCCACUAUUUGCACAAGUGCAAUGAGUAUGAUGGAAUCAAAUCCUUGAUAUCUUUUCACUCUCUGGAUCAGAGUGCAAGGGUGGAGUUAGUUGAUUUUUUUCUUACACUGAAGGAUAGUAAAAUGGCCACAGUUGUCAUUACCAGGUUUUUAUUGUCCUUGCUAAAUUUUGAAAGCACCAUUUCGAAGCAAGGAUGUUGCUAUUAUCCAAACUCACAAAUUCACCGUCAGAAAAUAAGAGCUUGGCAAAUUAUCUUAAUUCUGGUUGGCUUCUUUCCAAUCUCUGAUAGUGCUACGCACAUAUUAAACCAAUUAUAUCAAACCUUUGCAGCUGAUAACCAGCCUUCAGUUCGAUAUUUUAUUGAGUGGUGCAUUUUGGUAGUCCUAAUAAGGAAUAAUGAAUUGAUCGAAACUUUAUGGCUUCAGUUAGACUCUGCAUCAGAGAAGAAGAUCAUCACAGUAACUUCCAUAUUUUCAUUAUGCAUUCACUUAGCAAAUUAUCUGAAUGAUAUUAGCUUCGAAAGUUUCUCAACUUCAGCCAUUCCAAGAUUAUUACCUUGGUCGCAGGCACAGCAUAUGACAUCACGGAUUCACGCACAGGUCGCCUUGCGUGUAAUCUGGGAUAACAUGGAAUCAAGGAAGCUGGAGCAUUUUAAACAUAAAUUUAACUGGUUACAGCAUUGUUUUACGUUAAAAGAACACAACACAGCAGCUGUCAGGUUUCGCAAGGAAUUGUUAGCAAAGCCUUUUUAUUCUAAAUUUCACCCUGUUAAUCAUUACUCAUUGCAAUCCAUAUUUUCUGGUUUUCUUACACUUGGAGAAGUGAUCAAAGACGAGUGCAUCAUGUUUGAUCAAUUUAAAUACAAAAAAGACACUACCUCCUCUGCAAGUUUUAUUGAACUUACUACUUGUGACAUUGACGAGAAUUUGCAAGGAGAAUUCAAUGUUGUCUUAGAGAGCCUAGAGGUAAGACAUUCUGAUAAACAACUCAUUGAUAUGCAAAAAAAGAUUAUGCCGUGGAGAAUCCUACCGCCCUCCAAUGAUACAGCAUUAAUUACAGAAUUCGAAAAGAAAAAAAAGUCACGUGUGUCAGAUUUAGUGUUAUGUGCGGUUCUGGUGGAUAAAAUUCCUAAUCUUGGUGGCUUAUGUCGUACUUCGGAAAUAUUUGGAGUUGGUACUCUUGUCUUGGCUAGCCGUCAAUAUGCAAGCGACAAAAACUUUAAAUCACUCAGCGUGUCUUCAGAGAAGUGGGUGGAAAUUGAACAGGUUCUGCCAAUUAAGUUCUUGCAGUAUUUGCAGAGAAUGAAAGCAGAUGGUUAUCAUCUUGUUGGUGUAGAACAAACUGCAAAUAGCAAAAUGAUUGCAGAGUACAAGUUUCCAAAAAAGACUGUUCUAAUUUUGGGAAAUGAAAAGGCAGGCAUUCCGGUUGAUGUAAUCCAACAUUUAGACGACUGUGUUGAGAUCCCACAGUUUGGAGUUAUCAGAUCGUUGAAUGUUCAUAUCAGUGGAGCCAUUAUGGUGUGGGAAUAUUGCAAACAGCACAUGCUUUAAGUUAAAACUAGUUAUUGAUUGUACCUUACAGUUUGUAGCUGUUAUUAACCUUAAGUACUUCAAAAUAUUGCUAGAAUGUUGUUAAAACAAAUGACUAUUCACACAAAAGCUGAUGCUGUUAAUUUACUCAACAAUGGUAGAUAUUGAUUUUAAAUAAACCCAAAUUUACUCUUUUUUGUACUUAACUUUUUUAUUGAUCCAGAAAAUUUGAGAUGUUCAUUUUUACUAAGUAUUUAUUCGUACUAUUUUGAUUUUUAAAUAAAAAAAACUUUUUUUUAUUCUUUUGCAGGAAUUUGAGUUUAUAGAUAAUUUUAAGGUUGCAUUCUGAGUAAAGGGAUUCCAGAAAAAUGAUAUCAAACUUUUGGUUGACUUUGAGCUUUUUAAUGUCUUCAGGAUACGGUAAACUUGAGAGAAAAAAUUACAUUUUUGGAAUGCAGCAAGUUUUUUUCAAAAAAUGGAGUGAAGCAAUGCAGAUCUUAAUAAAAGCUAUUUGGUCAUAUGCUUUAAUAAAAAAAAAAAAUUGCUGAGGGGAGUUAACAAAGAGUGUGUUCUCAGUUUUUUUCUGCUUGGAAAUUCCUUAUAUUAAAUUAAAUACGUCAUCCUAUGUGAAAUUUAUUUGUCUUUAGAACACAUAUUUUGGAAAUAAAAUUUGUCAUUUAGACAUGUUUGGAUAUACUAAGUGUCAAAAGGGGCUACCCUAUCCUUAAAA